AUGGGCAAAUUUCCAUCUUUAAAAUUAUUGUUAGUCUCUGUGGUUGUCAGCUUUGGUAGUUCAUUUCAUUUUGGCUAUCAACUCGUUAUCACCAAUCCAUCACAAGCAGCUUUUAUUGACUUUCUAAACAGAUCUUAUGAAUUAUUUGAAACAGAAAUAUUGCAGACAAUAUGGUCUAUCAUUGUGGCAAUACUUUUUGCUGGUGCAAUUUGCGGAGCACUUUCAAUCGGUUUUGUGAGUACUAAAUUCGGUCGAAAACGUGGAUUGUAUGUGUCCAUUGGGUGUGGCAUCUUAGCUGUACUAUUAGCAAUUAUAUCAUGCCACGUCAUUUCUUUUGAGCUUUAUAUUGUAUCAAGAAUCAUACUCGGAUUCGCUGUUGCGCUUGGUCUUGGUCUUAGUGCAAUGCUUUUCAAUGAAAGCAGUCCCCGAAAUUGUCGAGGAUUUGUUAGCAUGAUGACAGGUAUUAUGGUGCAAUUUGGAACAUUUAUUGGUGCUAUUAUUGCAAUGCCGUUACUGUUGGGCACCACAGAUCGGUGGUGGUACAUUUAUUUAAUAGAAAUUAUUAUUCUUUGCAUCGUUAUGGCUUUGCUACCAUUUAUUCCCGAAAGUCCAGCUUACCUUAUUCAACGUGGAUACGAUGAAGCGGCAAGAAAUGCAGUUCUAUUUUACUAUGGUUGUAAAGUUGGAGCUGUUGAUGGACCACUGAAUGAAAUUAAGGAAAAUGUUACAGCAAAUGCAAAAAAAUUAUCUGUUAUUGCUGUUUUCAAAGAUCAUUACUCUCGGAAAGGUGUUAUUGUUGGAAUUGUUGUUUCAUUUGCAAUGUCGUUUAGCGGAGUGGCAGAUAACAAAUGUCAAAAAAUACUGUACUUGAAAAGUUUUGUUGUGGCAGAUCGAUUUGGUCGAAGACCCUUAGUGCUGAUCUCACUAUCAAUUCUACUUGUUUUAAAUCUUGUUAUUUUUGUACUGAUGUUCUGUUUUGAAGAAUUUCAGCUUCAAUGGAUUGGUUAUUUUUUGGUGGUUAUUAUUGCUUUGUUUUUGUUCUUCUUCGCUAUUGGAGUUGGACCGGUAAGCUUCUUUGUGGCAGCUGAAACAGUAGGUCAAGCAGCUCGUGGAACCUCGCAGAGCUGUUCAUCAAUGACUCAAAUGAUAUGCCGUCUUGUCAUCUUGAUGAUAUUUUAUCCAAUUUCUGAUGCUAUUACUCAGCCAAUUACCUAUCUGAUAUUAUUUGUUAUUCCGGUGUUUCUGUCGAUUCUAUUUCUGUACUCCAAUAUGCCAGAAACCAAAAAUAAAGAUCAUAAAAAAGUAGGCGUUUUUAUUUGA